GUCAAUGUGUCUGUCCUUCACUCCUCCAUUGUCUGCUGCUGCUAUCGCUGCUCCUACCGGGACCCCCGCAGCCUCCAGCCUCGCGCGUCGCCGCUACCUCCUCGGACAGAAAUUUUAUGAAUAAGCAUCAGAAGCCAGUGCUAACAGGCCAGCGGUUCAAAACUCGGAAAAGGGAUGAAAAAGAGAAAUUCGAACCCACAGUUUUUCGGGAUACACUUGUCCAAGGGCUUAAUGAAGCUGGUGAUGAUCUCGAAGCUGUAGCCAAGUUCUUAGACUCUACAGGCUCAAGAUUAGAUUACCGCCGCUAUGCAGACACACUCUUCGACAUCCUGGUGGCUGGCAGUAUGCUCGCCCCCGGAGGAACACGCAUAGAUGAUGGGGAUAAGACCAAGAUGACCAACCACUGUGUGUUUUCAGCAAAUGAAGAUCAUGAAACCAUUCGAAAUUAUGCUCAGGUCUUCAACAAACUCAUCAGGAGAUAUAAGUAUUUGGAAAAGGCAUUUGAGGACGAAAUGAAAAAGCUUCUCCUCUUCCUUAAAGCCUUUUCUGAAACCGAACAGACUAAGUUGGCUAUGCUGUCAGGCAUCCUUCUGGGCAAUGGCACCCUUCCCGCCACCAUCCUCACCAGUCUCUUCACUGACAGCUUAGUCAAGGAAGGCAUUGCGGCCUCAUUUGCUGUGAAGCUUUUCAAAGCAUGGAUGGCUGAGAAAGAUGCUAACUCUGUUACCUCUUCUUUGAGAAAAGCCAACCUUGACAAGAGACUGCUGGAACUUUUUCCAGUGAACAGGCAGAGUGUGGAUCACUUUGCCAAGUACUUCACUGAUGCAGGUCUGAAGGAGCUUUCCGACUUCCUGCGUGUGCAGCAAUCUCUGGGCACCAGGAAGGAAUUGCAGAAGGAGCUCCAAGAGCGCCUUUCUCAGGAAUGCCCUAUCAAGGAGGUGGUGCUCUAUGUGAAGGAAGAAAUGAAGAGGAAUGACCUUCCUGAAACAGCAGUGAUUGGGCUCCUGUGGACCUGUAUCAUGAAUGCUGUGGAGUGGAACAAGAAGGAAGAACUUGUUGCUGAGCAGGCACUGAAGCACCUGAAGCAAUAUGCUCCCCUGCUGGCUGUGUUCAGCUCCCAAGGCCAGUCCGAGCUGAUCCUCCUCCAGAAAGUUCAAGAAUACUGUUAUGACAACAUCCAUUUCAUGAAAGCCUUCCAGAAGAUCGUGGUUCUCUUUUACAAAGCUGACGUACUGAGUGAAGAAGCAAUAUUAAAGUGGUACAAAGAAGCACAUGUUGCCAAAGGCAAAAGUGUUUUUCUUGACCAGAUGAAGAAAUUUGUUGAGUGGCUCCAAAAUGCAGAAGAAGAAUCGGAAUCAGAAGGUGAGGAAAAUUAGACGCCUCAAGCAAGAAGCACAAUACCUAGCUCACCACACAAGUCUACGAUUGGAAAUGCUGAACCUCUGGAGAAGAGGCACAUGGCUUCUGUUUUCACACAAGAAAUAAUGAAUAGGCUAGACUUCCCCCAUACAGAGCGGGGAGGAGGGUUUUGUUUUUGUUUUGUUUUUUCAAUGGAGCCCUAAGGCAUCAGCUGUUAUUCUUGGGACUCUACCUCCUGUUCACUAAAUGCUAACUUCAAGCCAUUCAAUCCGAGUCACUAGGAAUCGGAAACUAGGAGCUCAAAAAGACUCCUCUUUUUUAGCUGUAUUUUUCAGGUACUGUGUGGUAAAGGCUCCACUGGUGUCUAUUACGGGGCCGCUUUAGUAGUUGUGUAUCUGCUCGUGUAUGUAAUUUGAAAAACCAGUUUUUUAAAAUAAAUGACUUUUUAAAAA